AUGAAGGUUUAUAAAUGCGUCUUCUCUGGCGACGAGCUCUGCUCGGAUUCCUACCCUCAUCUGGUGCCGUUCGGUGAUGACGCGUUCAAGGACGUCGCCUUUGAGGUGAAGGGAACCCGCGUCACGAAGGCAGCGGAGGACUUCGGCAUUGCGGACAACAGCGAGGAAGGCGAGGGCGGAGUCGAAGAUGCUGCGGAAACAGUUAUAGAUAUAAUAAAUGCCUUUCACUUGAGCGAAACUUCUUUGACAAAAAAGGACUUCACGACUUACAUCAAAGGCUAUUUGAAACGCGUCAUGGACUACCUGCAGGAGCACAACCCCUCUCGCGUCGAGGCUUUCAAGACUGAGUCCGCAGCUCUCGUGAAGAAAAUCCUCGGCAGUUUCGACGAUUUCCAAUUCUUUAUGUCCGAGAGCAACGACUUCGAGGCCUCUCUGGUCUACGCGUACUACAAAGACGAGGAAACGGCCCCCCGAUUCAUAUAUUUGAAAGACGGGCUCAAGGAAGAGAAGUACUAA